AUGCCGGCCACGUCUCGCUCGUCUCAUCCACCACCAGCUCGCUCGCUUCCUUCCAUCACAAUCUUCAGUCAUCCCGCCGCCCGCCUCAUCAAGACCAUCCCGCAGCUACACCCUCCCAAUCGCGUCAACGCAUAUGUUCCUGUCGAUACCUUGGGCGUUGGGCGCACGUCAACCACCGAUGUCGUGCUGACAGAUGUCUACGGUCCUCUCUCCCUCCUCGUCGUCCCUGAUCCACUGAAUCCUACCAUUGCUACCCUCGUGAUCUCCGUCGACAUACAAGACGCCAGUCUCCAAGGUGCAGCUCGACGCUUCGUCCUACCUUUCCGCUCUUUUCAGCGUGACACUGUCACCGGAGAGCUAGUGUCGCAUUCCCAAAUCAACGGCUUCGAUGCAGCAAACCGUACCAUCUUUCCUGGUCUCGGUGCUGGUCUCAAAGGCCUUGAUGGCGGGAGCUUCUGGUUCUUCGAAGAUGUCGGAGAGCAAGGCGCUUUAGACCGUUUCCGGUGGGAGAAGCACAACGUGGCUCGUCGCGCUAUAUGGACUGUCUGGCUCAUCAGCACACCUGCACCUGUCGUGCUUCAUGUGCAACACCUGCUUCAGUCUUAUCCCGCUCCUGUCCCUCCUUUGCCACCCUGGCUUCAGCAACAUAAUGGAUAUCCUUGGCAGGACAAUUACUUGCAGCGAUCGCUAUCGCCAGCUGCCUCGACAGAAAUCAGUCAGCCGCAAGAAAUUUCAUCGAUCCAAGACGAUUUCGUCGACACCUCCAUUUCGCCCUCUGCGCCUGCCCCUCGGCUAUCCCCGCAGUCCGAUCUUCACGCCCCACUCGAACCUCAACAGCUCCGGGCGGAUUCUUCACAGUUGUCAGAAUCCGCAGCUACGAACCAACAACCCGCCGCCCACGUCGUUUCUGUGGUCGCAGAGAGGCCUACUGCUGUGCAGACUCAUUCUCAAGACAGUCCAGCUGCCCCCGUCGGUAGCAAGGCAGAAAGCUCAUCUGCGCACCCGCACCCUGCACUAAACCUCUCCGUCCGCUCCAAACACCUUCGCGAUGGAUCUUCCUCUGUCACGAUUGGUGACACACCCGAAGUUAUCCUGCGCAAGCCCGGUCGCGCUUCCGCCCGUCCCGAGUAUAGAAACAGCUUAGUCGCUGUAGACAACCUCACUGGUCAGAUCGUUGGUAUUCUGGCCGCGGAUAUCGAUCUCGGCGGAUCACCAUCCUCAUCUCCAUCAGCCCUCCAAAGAAUUCAUUCAGGUAGCAGUCAUGACUCGGCCGAUGCCGAUGUCGAUGCAGAUGACGAAGCCAAGACGCCUAUGGACGAGCACACUAGCAUCUGGCAGCACAAGGCUUCUCACGAGGCCGUUGGCUUUCGCUCUUCACCACCUGCUGUCCUGGAAGACGACGCCCUCUCUACCCCUCGAGCCAGCACCGUGGUUCGUCGUGCUGUCUCUAUCUAUCAUGAUCCAGACGCCAAGCGCAAUCCUUCCCGCCCACCAUCCGUUCUUGCUAUCGAGACCUUUAGCCCGCCGCCCCUUCCACCAAAGUCGCCAACUGAUCCACAAGCUCUCGAGACUAGCGCCAUUGCUCCCCCCUCGUGCCGCACCAGCACCGCAUCGGCUGUCUUCUUCACUGCAGAGUCCGAUACCGAUGCCAUGUCCAGCUACGAUUCGGACGCACUCGAAAUCGAUGCGCGCACCAUCACCCAUCAAAACCUCCCAGUCAGAUCCACUUCGAUUCGAGCUAGAGGUGCUGCCGCUGAUGUCGAACCUCACCGUCCAGAGCUUCUUUACGACCCUUACGCACAUGAUGACACUGCUUCAGAUGCGAGCGGAAGUACAGUCGGCGGCCCCGCCAUGCGGGUUUGGCGUAAAGCAAGAGGCAAGCCCAAAAAGAAGCCGGCUCCUAAAGCCAGCGCUGCUCGAUCCAGACCCGUAAUCAAGUCGCGCCAAGCCAGUGACAUCUCGGAUCACACCAGCAAGGCCGAGACCGCCCUGGAAGCAUUUUCAGAAGACGACAACGACGGCAUCCACGAAAGCCAAGAAAAGGUGCUUGUCUCCGAGCAAGGAGGCGCUUCAUUGACAUCAUCCCCGCAUCAAUACGAAGCGAAGCCUUUGCCAAACCCAGAGACGCAGCCUGGCCUUCAUCUUGCACGCGCGCAGUUGCACACAGACGAGAUCAGGUCCGUCGAGGAUCGAAUUUGGCGGGAGGCUCUCGAGUCCGACCAACUGCCCAUCGAUGCUCCUUACACGCACCUGGCCGCUCGUGGAGAAGCUGGCUUCUAUCCAUCCUCGAUCCUAUCCAGUCCAAGAUCUGUUGCCGAUGGCUCUGCGAUUGAGCUAUUCUCGAUCGAAGAAAAGGCUCGGCAGGUUCAGAGAGCCAAAUGGAAGCAACAACAGCAAAACCUGCGCGCGGAAAAGAUCAAGAACAUGCAGGGCGGAACCGUGCUCAUCGAAUUCCUUGCAGGCUCGAGUCGUAUUGGUGCUAGCCUCAUUGGCAGCGCUGGUAUCGAUGUCAACAGCCAUCUUGUUGACCCUUGUGUCGCAGAGUCUAACACUGAAGACUCAUCAAGCGCCGUUAGUCUGGCAUCCAACGUCUUGGGUUACGUCCCUUUGCUCCCGCAGCAUCUGCUGUCUUUCUUCGGUCUGUCGUCAGGCCGUGGGGAGCCUGGUAACAUACAGAACGACGUGGUCUCCUCCGCCAUUGAAGUUCCGGUCGCAACUUGGUCUUCGUCGUACCUCUCGAAUCUCCGUCUUCCGACAAUCCCAGACUGGAUGACCAGUCUGUUCAGCUUCAACCCAUUCGCUGCGGCUAGCGCAACACAUGCGGAUGAGCAAGAAGCGGGCGAUCCGUCAAGAGCUGAAGAGUGGGAGUACGUUGUGCCGGAGUUCGAUCCCAAUUCCUUGUCGAGCACUCCUCGUCCCAUAUAUCGCCGAAAGCGUCCGGUUCCGUCGUUCGUGAACGGCUUCAACAUUGCUGCCCCUGCUAGCGCCGGUGCCGCAUCGUCUGCCACCGACGCAGUCGAGACAGUCAAGCAAGGGAAGGCCAGCACAGUAGCGAAACCUGCCAGCGCUGACGAGAAUCGCUACUCGAUCCUUCACUUUGACAGCUAUGGUGUUGGACGACGAGCCUUCCUCCGUGGAAUGCCCGAGGUCGACGGCGUAUGCUUCUAG